AGGAUUUACACAAAUCCACAUCCAUUCUUCAGGCUCUCUGGAAAGUUUUACAUAGGUAGUUGGUUGGCAUGUGCAUUAAAGUGCAUGGGAAAGUGAGGGAAAAGAUUAUAUGUCAUCUAUUUAUCUAUCUGUGCAUUUUUAAAAAUCCAUUCUGGCCUUUGUGAGACACUGGUCCCCAGGGCAAUUUCCUAGCACCUUUGAAAGUCUCUGUAACUUGCUCUAGUCAGGUUUUGAAUGAACUGAGUGAUUGAGAUUGUAUCUCUUACCUCCCCACUGGUGUAUAAAGUAGGGUUGAUUUGCUGUGGUGCUUUGAACAAGCUCUCUGGCUUCUCUGGGCAUCAGUAGCUUCCUCAGUAAAAUGGAAAUCACAGUCUCCAGCCAACUCUCCUCAGAGAGCUGUCACAAUCAAAAAGGGUGGAAGGACAGAAACCAAAGCUCUUUGGAGACAUUUCAGGACUUCCUCGCUCUGUCUAGGAGUAGUGAUCUUGUUUUUUCUGUAGGCUCCACAAGCAAUACCACCCAAAACCCUCCAGCUCCAUUUCUCCCUGUGUGACUAUGGUCUGUGGAGAGCUACUUCUAGGACUAGGAUUCAGUGAAGUUUGGGGUCCAGGCAUGAGGCUGAAAAUAGUGGAGAGAUGGUGGGCAAGGACAGUGGCUGAGAAGGAGGGGGAUCCUAGGCUACUGCCACAGAAGGCUUAACACUCAAAUACAUGCACCUAGCUUGUAAGCGUGUGGUCGAUCUCCCCUCACACCUUCACUCUCCACAAAUGCAUUCAUACCCAAACAGUAAGAGCUCCCAAUAGGGAGACCUCAUUCAUGAUUAUAUUACCUAUCAGCAUUGUCAUAUGCUGGUUUACAUGGGAUUCUCCCCCCAUAUACAUGCCCUAUGCUUUGGGAGGGGCAUGGGGUCAGGAUCUGUGGGCCUUGGGAAAUCACAUUAUAAUCUUUUCUUCCCUAGAGAUAGCCUCAUUUUAGAAUUUUAGACCAAGAGCUGCAGGUCAGAGCUUGGUCUUGAAUGAGAAUCUGGUACUCACUGAACCCUUUCUCUGCCACAAAUCUAUUGGCCCUUUUCAGAGAGGACUUCAUUCAUUCAUUUAUUUGUUUCUGUCCCAUUCAAUGUAGAAAAACUUUUCCAAAUGCCACCUCCUACCUCAGACCAAGUUAGUUCUCCCAUCCAAUUCCCUGCACAGCUCUCUGUUAUAAUAUUUACCUUGUUGAACUAGGAUUACUUGUCCACAAGUACAUCUCAUCUAGGGCAGGGAGAUGUAGACUGCACAAACACGAGCAAGUAUCUCCUCUGUCCUCUGUGCCAGGGCCUGAGUUGGACACUGGAAACACCAAUUACAGAUCACUGAGAUCCAGUCUCCAGCCUCAAGGAGUUCACAGUCUAGUGGGGAAGCAGACCAGGAAAAUACUGGUGGAUACUUGCUCAGAUAGGAGCAUAUAAGCAAUGUAAGAACCAAAGACAAAGCCUGUCCCAAGGAUACAGGGGUCACUUCCCAGAGGAAGUGAACAUUGAACAAGACCUUGAAAAGUGAGUCAGAUUUUGUUGGGAAUAGAAGGAGAAAGGGCAUUUCAGGCUGAGCAAAGGCCAAGAAACAGGAAGAUACACGGUGUAUUUUGGAGGCCAGUGAGUCAGCCAGUGCAGUUUAAGCAUGGAGAUCUAAGGAGAGACAUGGCUGGACAGGUAGGCCAAAGCUUGAUUGAGAAGUCUUGAGUGCCAAGCUGAGGUCUUUCCAUAAAGCUUGUUUUGGUCUCCUGCUUCUGGGAUCAGAAUUGGUAACUGUAGUGAGGAAUCUCAUAGCUAAUUCCAGGCAAUUUUAAAUUGCGUUUUUGAGCCUGGACCCCAGGUUUACCCUUUCAAACUUUGUCAAAAGCCUGCCAGCUUCCUAUCUCAGAUUUCCUGCUGCUAAAAUUAUCCUUCUGCCUGUUGGCAGGGUCAUGAGGACAAAAUUGUAAUCAUGAGGACAAAAUUGUAAUCAUGAGGACAAAAUUGUAAUCAUAGAAGAGGCAUUCAUGUGACCAGCUAGAUUACCUUGAACAGCCAUUUCCCCUCCCCAGACCUCAGUUUCCCUGUAAGGUUAACAAGGAUGUUUGUAAGGAUCAAAUAAGAUAACGGAUAUGUUGUUGCUUUGUGGACAAUGGAAAACAUACAGGGAAAGGGUUAUAAUUAAGGUUAUUAAUAUUAACAGAUUUAUACCAGUUAGGAAAUUUAUUUGAAUUAAGAGAAUUGUACCUCUUACAAAGUUUAGUUCUGAGACUCUAGAGGUUCUGAGCUAACCUGUAAGACCACAUUCUUAGAUGAGGCUCAUUUGAUUAAUUAAAGAAAAGCCCUGGCCUGGGAGAAAUUAGGUCCCCAGUGUUCUAUUCCUGACUUGGCCACUGAUUUACUACAUGAGCUUAGGAAAAUAUUUCCAGAUCUCAGUUUUCUUACCUGAGAGGGUGAGAUGAAAUGAUCUGACAAUUCUUUACACAAAACCAAAAGAGUAAAAUUGAUUCAUCCUUUUAAAUGACUUGUAGGAGCUCUUUGUGUAUUAUAAAUGUUAAGCCUUUGCCAUAAUUUUGUAAGUUUCCUUAACUGAGGGUUUUCUGUAUGGUCAGCAUUACAUUAGAAGUUUCAGAUUAAUCAGAGAGGUGUCUGAUCAUUUACCUCCCACAGGGAGUAACAGUGUUAGAUAAUAUGUUUUUAACAUUUCCCAGAUCACUUUACAUUUUUUUCACACACUGAAUCUUCAACAAUGCUAAGGAGGGUAGGCACUCCUAUCAUUCCCAUGUUCCAGAUAGGAAAACUAAAGCACUGAAAAGUUUAGUCUUUUGCUCAUUGUCUCAUAGCCAACAAGGGGCAGAGGUAGGAUUCCACUCAAGUAAUAUGGCUUCAGAGCCUAUUGCUCUUAACCAUGAUGAUCUGCUGUCUCAGUUGAUUCAUUUAGAUAGGUGGGCUCUGGAAUGUAUUAAAAAUUUGGUAUGAUUUAUACACAACAACUGGAGGGAAUCUGACCCUUGUGUAGACUAAGGCUUGCAAAUGUAUUUUAGGGAACUUCUUAAAAGGCAAAGUGGGGCUGGGAGCAUUUGAGGGCAGGGAUUGGAAAUUUCUGUACCCAAGAGAUUGCCCUUGUGUAGCCCAGCUCAGUGGAAGAAAGUUGAGCUUCCUCGUAGCCAAUCGUUGGAGGUUCAUUGGGGGUGGGAAGGUUGCAAAAGAGUGAAGUAAGAGCAUACUUGGAUGUCAUCCAGGAAAGCAGUACAGUUCUAUGAGUUCUACACAUAAAAACCUCAAAACAACGCGUCAGGGAAGCGGGAGAGAGGGCAAGUGAGGGCAGGUCAUCUGGGCUGGACGACUCUGGCCUAUGGACUUAUCCUACUUUGAGGCCAUUGCUCUCUGCUCCCUGCUGCAACCUCCACCCUCUUAAGUGUCCAUCCCAAUGGCUUGGCAUGAGGAACUUUAGCGAAAUUUUCUAUCAGUCACUGGCAUCAUCAGUGUUAUUCUCCUUUGGGCAUCUGAUGGUGGCUAGCAGCCAUGUGGGCAGAGCUUACCAUUCCCCCACCCCCAGCCCCAGGCAAUGGCUGCACUCUUCCAAAGGUGUCAGUUUACUCCUAUUUAUUUAGUUCUUGGCUAGAGAGAGUAGAAAGAUGAUCAGAUAGUGCCCAUCUCUUCAAGAGUGCCCAAGGCAACACAUUUUAGGUGGGAGAGGCCCUGUGGCAAGGAGGGCAGCAGAAUCCAGGGAAUACAAGGGAUGCAAUGCCAUUUUGGGUCGGGGAAGCCGAGAGGUAGUGGACCUUCCACGUCCAGUUUGGGCCUCUAAUUGCCAGCUCAAAACACUGCAUUCCCCAGUAGGGACUUUGUGUUUUUGUCCUUGGGAACCUUGCAUUUCUGUUGUGAAUCUUUGUUUCUGGGUUGGACCUUUACACUCUCCUUGGGCCCAUCUUUUAUUUCAAAGCUGGGAAAGCUGCUGAGACCUACCUCCAUCACCUUUGCCUCUCUACCCCACACAGGCUGUAAGCACAUGAUCUUUGGUCUUUUAUUUGCAUACUCUAUUAGUCUUGUCUUCAUUGGAGGGAAGUGACUGGUCAGACCUGGGCUGUGUUGCUGGCACCUUCCUUGUUAGGCUCCAACUUACCUCCUAUAUACACAGCCCUUGGAGUUCAGAGGCCUCUCCUGACCUCUGCCCAACCUCUCGCUUUCUGCACCCAAGCCCCUACUAGUACAUACAGGAGCAGAGACAGGCUAGGACCAGAGGAAAGGGGAGAGAAAACUGAAGACAGACUUUGAGAGGGCUCAGAAACCCAGUGUACCCCUCGUCCCGGCCCUGUCCACCUGCUGCUGUGGCCAUAGCAGUAAGAUAGUAAGACAGGAAGUAAGACCAGGUACCUUGUGGGCAGUGAUGUCAUUAGCUGCGACUCCUAAGAUGUCUCCAGAGAUGGGCGAGCUCACCCAAACCAGGUUACAGAAGAUCUGGAUUCCACACAGCAGCGGCAGCAGCAGGCUGCAACGGAGAAGGGGCUCAUCCAUACCGCAGUUUACCAAUUCCCCCACAAUGGUGAUCAUGGUGGGUUUACCAGCUCGAGGCAAGACCUAUAUCUCCACGAAGCUCACACGCUAUCUCAACUGGAUAGGAACACCAACUAAAGUGUUUAAUUUAGGCCAGUAUCGACGAGAGGCAGUGAGCUACAAGAACUAUGAAUUCUUUCUUCCAGACAACAUGGAGGCCCUGCAAAUCAGGAAGCAGUGCGCCCUGGCAGCCCUGAAGGAUGUUCACAACUAUCUCAGCCAUGAGGAAGGUCAUGUUGCGGUUUUUGAUGCCACCAACACUACCAGAGAACGAAGGUCACUGAUCCUGCAGUUUGCGAAAGAACAUGGUUACAAGGUCUUUUUCAUUGAGUCCAUUUGUAAUGACCCUGGCGUAAUUGCAGAAAACAUCAGGCAAGUGAAACUUGGCAGCCCUGAUUAUGUAGACUGUGACCGGGAAAAGGUUCUGGAAGACUUUCUAAAGAGAAUUGAGUGCUAUGAGGUCAACUACCAACCCUUGGAUGAGGAACUGGACAGCCACCUGUCAUACAUCAAGAUCUUCGACGUCGGCACACGCUACAUGGUGAACCGAGUGCAGGAUCACAUCCAGAGCCGCACAGUCUACUACCUCAUGAACAUCCACGUCACACCUCGUUCCAUCUACCUAUGCCGGCAUGGUGAAAGUGAACUCAACCUCAGAGGCCGCAUCGGAGGUGACUCUGGCCUCUCAGUUCGCGGCAAGCAGCAGGUGACUGUCAGUAGCACAGAGAGCUGCCCUGAAGGACCCACCCUUGAAUCACUCUUCUCCCCAACUCUGCACUCCCCACCUCACCCCAACACAGGUGUCACACUGGCAGCCCCUGUCCCAACCUAUAACUGUGUCCUCCUUGCCCUCCCCACUCCCAAGGCCCAGCGCCAGCUCCAUGGUGUGGUCCAGGAAGCCCUCCCCAUCCUCUCCUCCCUCCCAGGUGGGUUGCCAUGCCCUGGGCUCCAGCUCUCCCAGUACUGGCCCAUGUGUGGCUCUCUUGGCCCAAGUCUCUCCCCCCAGCCCAGGACAGUGACCUGCACAUUCUGGAUGCUGGCUGGAAUAAAGGGAUCGAUUUCCACAGCAUCUGAUCCGCACCUGGGCUUGUUAGCACAGUAUGCCUAUGCACUGGCCAACUUCAUUCAGUCUCAGGGCAUCAGCUCCCUGAAGGUGUGGACCAGUCACAUGAAGAGGACCAUCGAGACAGCUGAGGCCCUGGGUGUCCCCUAUGAGCAGUGGAAGGCCCUGAAUGAGAUUGAUGCGGGUGUCUGUGAGGAAAUGACCUAUGAAGAAAUCCAGGAACAUUACCCUGAAGAAUUUGCACUGAGAGACCAAGAUAAAUAUCGCUACCGUUAUCCCAAGGGAGAGUCCUAUGAGGAUCUGGUUCAGCGUCUGGAGCCAGUUAUAAUGGAGCUAGAACGACAGGAGAAUGUACUGGUAAUCUGCCACCAGGCUGUCAUGCGGUGCCUCCUGGCCUAUUUCCUGGAUAAGAGUUCAGGUGAAUGCUGGAAUAAGGCCCAGAAAGAUGAUGUGACUGAGAAUGCAGACCCACAGAACCUCAGGGCUGGGGCACCCUCAGAGUACAUCUAGUCCAAUCUUGUCCUGUGAGAUGAAACGCAGGACCAGAGAGAGAAGAGGCUGGACCAAGGUCACUAGUGGAGGCAGCGGCAGAGCUGGGUCAGAGAUCUCCGGCAAGUCACUUCCCCUCUCGGAGUCUUUUUCCUCAAGUGUAUAAGGAGGAUGUACAGUAGUAGCAUCCCAGCCUCACAGGGUCCCGGGUUCAAGUCCCUGCUCUGCCACUUCCUGGCUAUGCAACUUGCGGAGAGCAUCUUCCUUCUCGGAGCCUCAGUUGGCCAAAACCAUGAAAUGGGCUUACCACCUCCCCUUCAUUCGGGCUUGCCCUAGAAAUGGAAACAGGCCCAGACAAGAAAUUGUACACAGAUAAUCAGAACAACUUUAUGGAUAAUGUCAAUAACUGGAAACAAGUGAAUGCACGAAUGCUCGUCCAUCGCCAGGUCUGCGAUGGGGGUGAUCAGAGAGAGCAGGCCAGGCUGGGAGAAGGCUGUGGGAGCUGUCCAAUGCCACAGCAGGGUCUCAGAAAACACUUGCUGGUGUGGACCAUGGGGCUUUGCGGUGCUGGGUCUACAGAAGGCCCCAGGCUGGGGGCGGAAGAGAAACCUACCUGGGUCUCCUGUUUGCCAUGUGAGUGAGGUGGUGGUCGUCUCCAGGGUGGACAGUCUGACCCUCCUGUGCGACAUGUAGUCCAGUUCACUACCAUUUUCUAGGGUGCUCCUGCCUCCCUGCUCUCUUCCCAGCUGCUCUCAGUGCUGCCUCUGCAGGGUGGUAGGGAAUGGGCCCCUGGUGAAGCCCCACCACAACGAGGGGACGUGGAAGCAGGAGCAUACAGCAAGCCUGGAGGCCUGGAGAGGCCAUGUCCUGGCCAGCACCCUGCCUCUGAGAGC